AUAACCCCAUGAAAAUGAAUCCUCUUUUAUCAAAAUUUUGAUUUCCGUUUUGUAGUGGAGAGAUGGAUCGGAUUUCACAACUUCCUGAACCUAUUGUUCACCACAUACUCUCGCUUUCGGGUUCUCGAGAGCUUGUUCGAAUGAGUGUAGCGUCUAAGACCUGGUUUCAACUAACCGCUUCUUUCCCAAGUUUAGAUUUCCGCAUGGAUGAACUUACCAAAGGCUUACAUGUAGAUUUCACUAUCUAUAACUUUACCAAAGGCUUACAUGUAUCUCGACAAACUUUUUUCAAGUAUGUUGAUUAUACCACCUCUAGAAUGUGCCAACAAAAUGUCACUGCACACAAGCUCACGAUCGUUACAAAUAUCCGAGAGCCUGCAGAACUAGAUACUGUUAACAGAUGUCUUGAGUUACUUCUUAAGAAAGGCGUGACGAAAUUGGAGAUUAACUUGUCAGAAUUUGCACAAAUCUUUUUAAGAAAAACCCCUUCUUUUGCUCCUAAGCCUAAGCCUAUGCCAACGUACGUUUUGCCUAACAUACUCUUAUCUGUUUCUGUGUUAGAAUCUUUGAUCAUAAGUGGUUGUGAGUUACCUUCUUCCUUCAUGGUUGAUGCUCUCAAGUUUAAGUCUUUGAUUCGGUUACAACUCGAAUACGUUCAUAUAGAUGAUGAAAUGAUCAACUAUCUCACCACUAGUUGCCCUCUUCUAAAAGAAUUUAGCCUUUCAAGUUGUCAUGGUUUUAAAAGAUUUUGUGUUAAUGGACAUCAAAAUCUUGAACUACUUGAUAUUGACUGUGAUAGUCAAGUUGAGAUGAUUGAUAUUGAAACUCCAAAUCUACUUGGUCUUAAGGUAAGAGAUACGGCUGGAAGAGGGCCACCAGGAAUGAAGGUGGCUUUGUGCAAAAAUCUAACAUCAGUGACUUACAUUGGGUAUCCCUUACCAAACUCGAAUGAUUUUGCUGACUUCUUAUCCAAAUUCUCGUGUGCUGAAAGUCUUGUUUUGUUUAUUAACAAGAAAUACCGAUGCAAUACCUUGAAGUUGUCAAGUCAUUCCUUGAGGAAGUUGGUGAUAGAUUCAGAAUUUGAUUUGGAAGAAAUUGAGUUAAGUACCCCCAAUUUGGGUUUAUUUAUUUACUCUAAUCCUUUGUCAUUCUGGGUUAAGGCAAUGCAUUUACCCCAUUUGGAAGCUUGUAUGCGAUGCCAUACCGAUGGCUCUUUAGAUACUCUUUGGUUGCAGAAGUUGAGGCUAUUUUUGGACAAGAAAAAUGGUUUCAAAGCUUUGAACUUGUAUAUUCACACGAAACGGAAGUUCAUAGUGUUAGGAAAGCUAAAGGUUAAUGAGUUGGCACCUUAUGAACUCGAGCAUAUUGAGCUACAUUUUAAGCAUGAAGAAUCAUCUAACUAUGCAGCUUUUGUGGAUGCUGUACUUUUGUGUUUCCGUCCUCAAUCUCUAACCUUAAGAUUUCCUUUAAUUGAUUUUAAAGAUCAAAGUGAUCUUGCCAAGUUUACAUACGAGAAGCUACUUGAACAAGAAAAUCAAGAACAUACCAAUAUUGAAAUUGUGUUGCCUUCAUCUUCCAAAGCCCAAAAGCUCUUUAGGGGCUCGGUGCUAUACGAUGUAUUACCUUGUGAAGAGAAAGCAAUUAGCUUCACAAAGGAAAAAGUUGUCCAAGAAGAAGAAGAAGCAUAUGCGGUUCAAAAACACAAGAAGAAGACGAAGAAGAAGAAUAUGAAGAAGAAGAAAAAAAAGCAGAAGAAGAGGAAGUAGAAGGAUGACAUCAAAGUACGCAGAUAUGGAGAUCCUCUGAUGCACUGAAUUUAUAAGGAGGCUUCUCGGUUAAGACAAUGGAGGUAUAGAUUAGAGUAUGGUUUUGAAUCAUGUCAAUGAUCUUUUGAUUAUAUACAUUAACAUAUAGACAUAGGUUUUACU